GUGGUCGCUGUUUGUGUGAGUUCCCGGAACCCUCCUCCCAGGCCCGCCGCCCAGGCCGGAACGUUCAGCGGGUGGCACCGGGGCCCAAGAUGGCGGCGGCUGAAGGGGAGCGGUUGUGAGAGCGUUAAGCCCUGGGAUGUUUUUGGUGAAUUACAGCAGCAGCAGCAGCGAGGAGGAAGAGGAGAAGGAGGGUCCGGGCGGAGAGGGAUCCCGAGGCCAAGCAGAGGAAGGAGCUGCCGGCGGGGUUGAAGUGAAAUCCCAACACUUGCCAGUCCCAGAGAGUGUAAUGGGGAUGUUCAAGGAACUUGAAGAGGAGUUGGAUGAUAGUGUGAAGCAUGAUGGUCGCAUACGCAGCUUUCCACACCAGCGAGGCAACUGGGCAACACUUGUGUACUUGGAAUACUACCCCGAAGAGGAGUUUAUCGAACUUAUUGAUGUGCUGCUGACUUACUUGCAGACAUUCGGGCUGCCAAUGGUUCGCCUCCGAGAGUUUCAUAUCAGUCUGUCACAGACUGUUGUGCUGCGUUAUCAUUGGAUAAACAUCUUCGUGGAGUCAUUAAAGGAAAAGCUGAGCUCCUUUGACAGGUUCUACUGCGUUUCAGAUAAAGUGAAGAUCUACAUUAAUCAAGAAAAGACCAGGACUUUCCUUGGCCUAGAGGUUUCAGCUGGCAACAACUACUUAGAAGAAAUGGUCACUGAGGUGGAUAAAUGUAUGAAGGAGUUUGAUCUGAAAGCUUAUCAUAAGAAACCUUCCUAUCACAUCAGUGUGGCCUGGUGCUUAGGGGAUGUCACUACUGAACUUGAAAAACACAAUCAGGAGCUGCAGGCUAUAGUGGAUAGAUUUGAAAACAAAAGCAGAGUCCUCCGAAUGUUUGCAGAUCAAGUGCGAUGUAAAAUUGGAAACAAGAUCUUCUUCUUUCCCAUGCGAUAGCAGCCAUUACUCACUUUGAAGAGCUCAACUGGAAGCAACAACUUGCCCUAAGAUUAACACCAAGAAACCUUGGGAAGAAACCUGCUCUUUCCCAUCUAUCUCCUCUGGCUACGGAGAUGCAAUGUAACAGCUUGCCUGUAACAGGUCAUGUAUUUCGGCUAAUUUGUAAUUGCACUGAGCUAUUCAUCUUUCAGAAUAAAGACACGCUAUUUUUCAGAUGAAAGAAGAUAUGAAGUAAGUAAAUAGUAAUUUUAUUUUAAAUUUCCAUUCAAUGAGAUUUACUUUUUAAACCCUAGUUCUACAAAUGGCUUUACAGCAGAACUGCCUCCAAUUCAGUGGAGUUACUGCGCCUAACGCAUCAUAAUACCUUAAUCACAUGGAUCUUCAAAAUAGUUGGAUUUUACAACUUGUUGAUAUUUUUUCCAUUUUUCAUUUAUUUCAUUUUAAUAUUGAACUAAACUCUGAAACUCUUAGGGCUUGGAGCUAUAGUCUUUUCAGUCUUGUUGCAUAUUUAAAAUGCCUAUCCCAUACACAAUCUUCAACUUGAAACUAUUUAUAAAUAUGUUUAUCUUUUGCAAUUUGUGUAUACAGUGUAGCAUUUUUUCCUUUAAAAAAAGUGGGAAUUUUGACUUGGAAUAAACAUCUUGUAUAUAACUGUGAAAAUGCCAAAAAUAAACCAAGUAUUCAUCUAAAAAUGUUCUUCUGACAAAGUUGUAGUUACAUGCAUGAAAACUGUGAAUGUGACAAUCCUGAUAAUGUUUUGGAUUGAAGCCUGUUAAGUAUUAAGGUUUGAGGAUUGCAGUCAUGUUUUUGUGUAUAUUUGUUUGUAGAUAUAACUAAAAGAACAUGUAAGCUAUUUUGAUGGUUUUCUUGAUACCUGGAUUUGAUUACUGCAUAACACAAGCGUUAAAAUUUCCUGCCAAACAACCAACAAGUUUGGUUUAUUUUAAGACUAGGAAGAUGUAUUGAGAGUUCAUGAUUGAUACAAAUUGCUGUAUGCUUUGUACCAUUCCCUCAUGAAUACAAGAUCUCAACCUUAAUCUCA